AUGGCUAGUCCAGAACUGACGGCAAAUCUGCCAGACGAUCACAUCGUCGUCCAAUUCACUACCUUAGAAGACCUCCAGCAGACAGCAGAGCGAGUCCACUCCUCCCUGAACCAAACAGGAGACGGAAACCAAUUCAUCCUCAUUCUCGGACUGACCGAAAACUCCCGCAUCGAGCUAGACAGCGAAGAACGUCCCCUGCACGGCAUCCCUUACCGAUUCAUGUGGGACAAUUUCGCCGGCAUCCUCAAGAUCCUCACUCACGGGCACGAUGUUGUCACGCUCAACAUCACCCGCGCUAUCGAUCUGUUCUGCAGCCGCAUGGGAAUGGACCCUACUGCAGAAUCCGCGUUCGGCGGAGCCACCACGCGGCUUCUCUGCGCAGGACGCAAAGGCAAACAGCCAGAUGGAUGUCUCUUCCCCAAGGCCCGGAUGCAACGUGACCGCGAAGCCUGGCCCACCCUGGUGAUAGAGGCAGGUGCCAGCGCGUCACUACCCCGGCUCCGCGAAGAGGCAACGUGGUGGCUGCGCAACUCGCAGGGAGAAGUCCGGAUGGUCCUCGUCCUUGGCAUACACCGCCAGAGACGAACGUUGAUUAUCGAGAAAUGGGAGCAAGAGCGUGCGCCGAUACAGCAACAUCAGCAUCAGCCAUCCCAUCAGCCUGAGGCUUCUCUGCCGGCGUACGCUGCGCAGACUAUUGAGAUCAGUCCCGGGUCUGUUUCUGGGGCUCCUCUCGUUCUUCCUUUUGAGGAGCUACUCGAGCGACCUCGGCAGGGUAGGGAGGCUGAUAUCCUCCUGGCGGAGGAACAGCUUCGGGGCUGCAUGCGCUGGGUGUGGCAAUCCAUGGAUUGA